CUCAUUUCUCAUUAAGAAAACAGGACUAACACAAUCUUUAAAGUGUGCCUAUCAAGCACAUGUGGAGGUCAGUGUGCUUCUCUCUCUCCUUGCUUCUUUAGUGGAGUGGACUGAGGGCAUUUGGAAAGAAACUCGGCCACUCUGUCUUGGCAAGCAUUUGCUGCCCAUUAGUGGAGUCAGCUACCACGCUGAAGGACUGAAGGGACUCUUUUUUUUACAAGGAAUUCUUAUUUCCCAAAAACAAUUUCCACCAAGAUGACCUCUAAUUCCAAUUUAUCCAACAUGCGGCGGCUGGUAGAACAACUGAAGCUCGAGGCCAGUGUGGAGAGAAUCAAGGUGUCCCAGGCUGCUGCAGAGCUCCAGCAGUACUGUCUGCAGAACGCAGGCAAGGACGCCCUGCUGGUCGGAGUCCCCACAGGCAGCAACCCCUUCAGAGAACCACGUUCAUGUGCUGUAGUGUGAAGCCAAAGAAGAGGAAGAAGGAAUGGACACAAUUGGCACUGUGGCAUCUCGCUGAAGAAUUCUGCUGCAUUUUUUACAUACUAUAAGAUUCUACGUUAAUGUUUUUUGAGAAAUACAUAAGAAUUGACGAAUAUUUGUUGUAACUAAAAUCUGUUACUACAUUACUGUAUAGCCAUACAAAUUUUUAUAUUUUGAUCAAGGCUUUUUAAAAAAAAAAAAAACAUUAAAGGGUGUUAUAUAAACCUA